UGUCAAGGUAACAUGGCUGUGUUGGUAACUUGAGUGACGCUAAAAAUGCACCCCACUACCCAAGACUGCAAAACAAAUGAACACGAUUAGCAUAAAUGCGGAUUCCCAAAAUCCACCCGACAUGAAAGGAGAAUAAGAUGGCGGAUGCCUUGUUUGCUGCACGGCCCCAUACUGAGCUCAGUCACGCCAGACUGCCGCCCUCUCCGUGGUGAAACGCCCCGUAAGGAAUGCACGUGACCAGGCCAAAGUCCUCUAAAGGGCGCAGCAGACCUGCACUGAACCACACCAAAAGCGCCGACAGCAGCGCCUACCGCGACCCCCCCGUGACUCCCCGGCCCCCAUCUGAGCGAGCUGCCCGAUCGGCCCGGCCCGCCCGCGCCCACGCCUUCCUGAGGCAGAGCAGCGCCGUCAGCGCCCAGGAAGCCGCCCAGCUCCUGCAGGAAGCCCCGGCCCUGCCCGCCCUCAGCCUCAACAGGUACAGGGUGCUCCCCUCCAUCGAGCGCAAGGGCCCUGGGGCCCCGGAGCCCUUUCGGGGCCUGGAGGAGAAGACCUCCAAGCUCAGCCUCUCCGACGACCUGGUGGUCAGUUCCCGCCGCGGCCACCGGGGGCAGCAGCUCUCCUUGUUCCACGCGCAGUCCGCCUCCAGGAGCAACCCGGAGAUGGGCGGCUUGCGCGAGGCGCUCGGUCGCGGGACCCCGGGGCCGCUGGACUCGAGGGCCGAGACGAGCGCGGAGGCCGGGGACGCGGAGGCGGAGAGCUUCAGGACAGCCCCCUUGGCCGACCAGCUGAGCCUCCUGCUGGCCGUGCGCUCUCCGAGCGGGAAGAGGUUCCAGCGGCACUUCCUCCCCACGGACACCCUGCACACGGUACUGGCCGCCGCGGAGGACACCUACAGCACGCGGUACGAGCGCAGCGUGGUUCAGACCAUGGAGGUGCCGCGGAGGAGCUUCGUGGACCUGACCAUGACUCUCGCCCAGUGCGGCAUCCACAACCGCUCCGUGCUCUGCAUCUCCAGAGAGGACGAGGCCGGCACCGACUCCACAUGAGCCCAGAUGCCGACGCGCAGAAACGCUCCGGUCGCUCUCAGAAAUGCAACGGACAGUUUACACCUUUUUUUUUUGUAUGGGAAUAUUGCAUCUUGUUUGAUGUCAGUGUCAGCUCUGCAACAUGAUCAGGUUUUGAUCUUUUCUAUAUUUGUGUAAUGAAACCAGAUAUGCCAGGUAAUUUUGAGUAAUUCACUGUAUGAGAUCAUGUCAAAUUUUUAAAAACACUUGCUACUCAUUGAU